GUCACGGUAAAGAUGGCGGACAAGGAUCAGGAAAUUCGAAGUGGUUAUGUAUCCCCAACUAUAUCUCAUGCAGACGUCCCUAAUGUACAGUUUACAAACCCACAAAUGGGUGUAGGCUUUGAAAAUCAAACAAAUGGAACUGAUUUCAACAUGAACACGUAUAAGAAUGCUCGAGAAUACGCACAAGCAGUCCGCCAGUGGUUAUGGCACUAUCAUUGCUGGAACUCCAUGCACAGUUUCAUGUCAAUGAUGCCACUGUAUGCGAUGAGUUGUCCUCCACCAGGAGGGAUGACAGGUUCGGCAGCAGCAGGCCAGUACUCAGUACACAACCAUAAUAACCUGAGACAAAGAACUGGUCAAACAGUGCCAGCCCAGGCUAGAUCCGAGAGGUCAGGAGGACAGAGGCCACAAGGGACCGAGUUCGCAUUGCCAUCAUUUUGGAAGAGAGUUGCAGCUGAGCUGAUUGACUUCACACUGCUGUUCUACAUUAAGCUUGUUGUUACUGUCAUUGUGAUGAGAGAACUGGGCUAUAUGGAUGGCAAUGUUGAUUACAAUUUAUUUUUCAACCUGGAAGAAAUGGAUUAUGACAAAGCUUUCGCUAUCACAUCUGAAGUUAUCGCCAUGGAGAUUGUAAAUCGACUUCUUAUUACCAUGUUUGAGACAUUAUGUUUACGUCAAGGUAUUGGAACAAUCGGUGGUUCAACACCUGGCAAGAGGCUUCUGGGAUUGAAAGUCGUUUCGUGUAGUGACAUCAUCGAUGUGGGACAUAACCGAAUUCUUGUCUAUCCUGCACAGAACAUUGGCUGGGGAAGUGCCCUUGUGAGAUCAGUGAUCAAGAAUUUUACGAUAGCCUUCUUCUUCCCAGCAUGCCUCACGGUAUUUUUCUUCAAGUACAGUCGCGCUGCCUAUGAUGUUCUUGCCAGCACAGUGGUCGUCCAAGCAGGGGAGGAAGACAACAUGUAGAGGACGGCUGUGACCGACACCGAUUGUGAUAUACUGGUUCUCAUCUCUGUGUAGCUGGACUUACUAAGGGAUUGUUCUAAGCAGAUCGUGAUAUUAAGUAAACAUUGGACUGCCACAGAGAAAUUAAGAUAAUUAGUUCAGUAUGUUGAUUCUGUAAAAUUAUGAUUAUGUUAUUUAAUGUGAUGACUAUGUCAUUAAGAGAUAAAUGGUGUGGUUUUGAUGACAUAGAUUUUGACGUUAAGUUUCGUCAGGCAGAAAUAAUAUUUUUAUGUGUAUAUUUUCCAGAACGUCUUAUGCUUAUAUUCCAGUUUUAUAGAAUUUUCCUAUAUGAAAUAUUCUAUAGUAAUACGUUACCACUUGUUAUACCGAGGCUGUUGUCUCCCACAACUGCUCUUAUAGCGAAAUCUACCACAGAGAUCUCAAUUACCUCAUGCAGUACGUGCGUAGCCACCUCAGCUGCCAUGUGACACCCUUCACUCUUGUCUCUAGCGAGAGAGCAAGUGCUCAGGGGACGGUCGGGCGGGCAUCAGCCAAAGUGGUAACGAAUUACUAUAGAAUAUUCCGAAUAGGAAAAUUCUACAAAUUACAUUAAGUAAUACGUUACCACUUGUUAUACCGAGGCUGAUUACCAUAGUAGGUGGUGGCGAGCACCUAACUGCUCGUGUCUCUUCCGACCAGCGGAAGUAAACAACUAGGCGGAAGCACUCAAUGCGCAUGCUCCCAGCUUGGCGUUACCCUAUAGGGAUACCAAAGCACUGUCAAGCGCAUACUGUAAGGCUCAAUCAUCUUUGCUAAACGAUUGGUGACUCCAAACGGCCCCACUGGAUAGGUAUUUCAUCGCCUCACUGGAUAGGUAUUUCAUCGCCGCAGCGGAAGAGAACACAGUAUCCGUGUGAGCUAAAUCUUAGAUCAGGUUAAACAGUCAGAGAGAGGGAAAUUAAUUUCAUUCGGACUGUAUAUCCCAAGAGCAAGCCUACUUCAAGUAUGCAUUAGGCGCGUGACCUAAUUCCAAUAUUUGUAAGCAUGCAUUACAAGGUUGGAAUACAUGACAGACAAUUAAAUACAUAAUUGUCAAAAUACAAAUAAGGACAAAACACACAAAAAGCCGCCCUCAGCUGUGGUGUGAGUGCGCUGGUUUGCGGGACCCCCACUCCUGUACCCACGGCGGUGGGAACAUUGGAGUCGACCCAGAUUGACCACCGUGCAAGGUCUGACGCCUGAGGAUUUCGGAAUUACGCUGGGCACACCCCUUAGAUGACCGCUUGCGCCGCGAUGAGCGGCCUAAGACGGUGCACACCCUUCACGUCUUCAUCAGAAACCUUUCUGAGGUAAUGAUUGGCAAAAACCGAGUCAGAACGCCAGUAACAACCUCGCAAUAUUCUGUGAACAGAGAUAUUGGAGUGUAGGGCAAAUGUUGCCGCUAGCGCCCUGAUCUCGUGCAGGUUUGACCCCACAUCCAGUAUCCCAGGGGGUGGUAGACAGCGAGACAUCCAUGUCCGACAUUGGUUGGAAGAGAAACAGGAACGCUUCAGAGCAGUCAAGGUACACGACAAGAGUGAAGGGUGUCACAUGGCAGCUGAGGUGGCUAUGCACGUGCUUCAUGAGGUAAUUGAGAUCUCUGUGGUAGAUUUCGCUAUAAGAGCAGUUGUGGGAGACAACAGCCUUGGUAUAACAAGUGGUAACGUAUUACUUAAUGUAAUUUACGUAGCCUUGGUUAUGUUACAGACACUCAGAACCUUGAAGUUGUUGGAUUUAGCAAUGUUACAAAAUCUGGUUAAUUGAGCAUGUUGAGAUAAUCAGAAACCAACAAUUGUUUCAAAAAGGAAUAUUUUGGACAGUUUGCAUAUACCAUUGUGAUGAUCUAAACUCAGAUACUAUUCAAUCACUGAUAAUAAUCCGGAGGAAACAAGGACUGAUCAUGCUUAUUGGGCAGAGAUUCAUGUUUUUAGUCUAUAUUUGAUAAUGUCCCAGAAGCUGUUGUUGUGAUUAAGAAAUCAGGAUGGACACAUUGCCAAUGAACUUACAUAGAAGGCAAUAAGAGUUCUCACGUUUUCUGUGUACCAAUUGACCCAAUAGACAUUACAUUCAUGUUUGGUGUACCAGAUAAUGAGGAACGACCAGUGACUAGCCAUGUUUACUGGAGGACGGUGGAGUAUGAUUGCAUGCAAUGGGAAGAUAACCGGGGACAUUGAAUUGCUUUUGUACGUGGCACUGUGAUAGCCGAUAAUGACCCCCGGGGCACGGGUGGCCAAAGAUGCUGCGAUUUGCUGUGCAUAGUUGCGUCCCCUGGCUACGCCAGAAACCUAUGAUUGUGGGUUCGCCCCGAUUAUGUUUCUAGGUUUGUCAGCACCAUACCCGUCCUUGUGGAUUUCACCUAGUGGUUAACGUCUGAGACCUGCAUCACUUCAGGCUAUCCUCCCACAUUAAGUUGAUACGCUGUGAUAUAACUGCGAUAGUGUUAAAAGAGGCAUUAAACCAACUCAGUCACUCACUCACUCACUCACACUCAUCACUUAACAAAAAUCAUGACAUGACAAUAGAAAUGGAGAUCUGCAUAGGCUGUUGAUUACAGCAGCACAGAUGGAAGGUUUGCUUGUGGGCCAGUCCACCUGGCAUGUUGUGCACUGUGACACACCCACCGCAGAACCCUGUUCAAUGAAAAUGGAUUCACCAUGAUACUGUAACAAACUGUCUUUAAUGUUAUUUUAGCAGUAGAGCAAAUCAUAUUCAUACUGUAUUUGUAAGUAGCUUCCUGUCUAUGUAAGCAUGGUAAAUACUAAUCAUGUUUUGGUCUAACUAUUGUCUUGCAAUGAUUGUAGUAGUAAAGGCUAUGAUCCAUUUCGACAGUAUUUUGUGUUCCAGUGUAGAAAGUGGUAAUACUUUUGUGCUAAAAUGUUCUGAAUCCUAGCCCUACCUUAUCUCUUGUAAAUAUUAGAUGUUAGUAAUUCUUUCAAGUACCCUACCUCUAUUACAUCAUAGUCUUAUAUUCCUGUUUCGGCUGAGAAUCUCACCAUACAUUACUUAAAUUGUUAACAGACAUCCUCUUCACUGCCAACAUAUGUGAUAGUUGUGAGGGAAACCCUAUCUAUCCUUCACAGCAAAUGCAUGUGCUCAGUAGAUCUUAAUGUUAUUUGAUUUUUUUUAUUAGAUGAACUUACUAGACUUUAUGAAAUUUACAAGGCUUGGGUUAGACCACUUUUUAAUCAAGAACUAAAUUUUGCACAUUACCAAUCUUGCUCAGAGAAAGCUGUCCAGAAAUGGCAACAUGAAUCACCCAACAGUAAAGGAACAUUGUAACUUGUUUCAUAUUUUCUGUUUUACCAUGUGCUCUUUUAAGAACAAAACCACCUGACUGAUUCCCCCUUGCUUAAUAAAUGUGAACAGCAACUUGUUACAUUGUGGGAAUCAAAAUAUUUAUUUAUUUUGUGACAAUGUGAAAUAGCCUUAUUGUACUACGCAAGUGUGACUCAUUCGUCAACAUUAGACAUUGGACCUCUCCAACCCAGUAAGUAGACCGUGGGGUAAGACACUCUAAAAUGAGUUCAGGCUAUAGUCAUGAUUAAAAGAUCAACAUGGUAAUAUGUUAUGAAUAAUUAAAUUUAGUUACUUGCUUGGCAAAGGCAGGGCUUAAAAUGGUAAGUAUUGGUAUUGUUUGUUUGUUGUUUAACGCCGCACUCGGCAAUAUUCCAGCUAUAUGAUGGCGGUCUGAAAAUAAUUGAGUCUUGACCAGACAAUCUGGAGGUUGAUAUCAUGAGCAGCGAUCCAUGCAAUUGGGAUACGAUGACAUGCAUCAACCAAGUCAGCGAGCCUGACCAUCCGAUCCCGUUAGUCGCCUUUUACGACAAGCAAAGGCGCCUGUUGGUAUUGUAGGUAGUUGAGGCAAUGUCAGACACUGACAGGCUGACUCUAUUUUCAAAAGUUUGACCUUGCCUCCUAAAAUAUUGGAUUAUCAUGACCCCUUUCUGUUUGCAAGGGGGUGGCAGGUGUCUAAAGCAUAAAAUGAUAUCAGUAAUAGAUGCCAGCAUACUUGCCUUGUGGUACAGGUGACAUCAAAGUCUCGUGUUGUCUGAAUUCACUCAAUGACUUUGCAAGUAGACCCGUGAAGAUCCGGGGUAGAAUAGGUCUUCAGCAAACCAUGCUUGCCGUAAAAGGCGACUAUGCUUGUCAUAAGAGGCGACUAAUUGGAUCGGGUGGUCAGGCUCGCUGACUUG